ACAAAAGUAAAGGUGUGAGUGUGCGAUUUGUUUCUGAAGCCACAGUGGAAAACCACACCACACACUUCUCUUCUCCUCAGAAUCGCAUAAUUUUCAUUCUUCCAUUCCAUCUUCCAACUUCACUGGCUAUGGAUCGUGCUCAGCUUCUCUUGCUUGGUCUUCCUCUCUUUCUUUUCUGUUCUGACCUAUUUUCCCUCUUCACUCCACCACCACCGCCACCUCACCACCACCACCACCACCAUCACCAUCCACCGCACCACCAUCACCACCCGCCGCACCACCAUCACCACCCGCCUCACCACCACCACCACCAUCCACCCCACCUCCAUCACCACCCGCCCCAACACCACUACCAGCCGGUUACAAUAGAGUUUCCCCCCAAGAAAACCACCAGCAGUAUUGCAAAUGCGGGUCUCGGCAACACUGUCAACAUCAAUUUCUGCUCUUCGUGUUCUUACAGGGGAACAGCUGUGACAAUGAAGAAUAUGUUGGAGAUUGCUUUUCCUGGAACUGAGGUUGUUCUUGCUAAUUAUCCCCCAUCGCUUCCAAAGCGUCUGCUAAGCAAAUUGGUUCCAGUUGUUCAGAUUGGUGUUAUAGGAAUGGUUGUUGCUGGGGAGCAUAUAUUUCCAGUAUUGGGUUUUGCUGCACCUCCUCCAUGGUAUUUCAACUUGCGUGCUAAUAAAUUUGGAACCGUUGCUACUACUUGGCUUCUUGGGAAUGCCUUGCAGUCAUUCUUACAGAGCUCUGGAGCAUUUGAAAUUUACUUCAAUGGUGAACUGGUUUUCUCUAAACUGAAGGAGGGAAGGUUUCCCGGAGAGAUCGAGUUGAAGGAUUUGAUUACCAAAAAGAUGACAAAUUCUAUAGGUGUUAAUGGUGUGUCAGAAUUAAUGUCUUAGUGUAUUUGGUGCAGGCAUAUUUUGAACUGUCAUAAAAUGUAACUGGAUCUGACAUUGCACUGUGAAGUAAGAGGUUUGUAUACAUAUGUCUUAGGAAUAUCAUGUUGUAAGGUUCUGCCAGGUGCAUAAACUUUAUGUAUUGAAAGAACUAAGUAACUGCUGAAGGAAAAACUCAGUUAAUAGUUUGUGCAGAGUUUAAAUACUCUAAUUUGUUUUCA